AGUCCAAUCAAUGUUUGCCACGUCACCUUUACCUCGCGUCCCCAUUCUUAUUAGCCUGAACUCGCACUUUCCUCUUUCUGUCUCUCCCCUCUGUGUGGCUUCCUGGAACUUUAGCCCUAAAUCGAUCUUUGCAAUUUUUUUCAAUGGACUUCAUCGUGGAUAAUGAUGCUAAUGGUGAUAUAGCUGGAAAUGUGGCCGUGGACAUUGCUAGGGCUAGAGAUGAAAACGAAAUCGUUGAAAAUUCUGUUGAAGGAGAAUUUGAACAGUAUGAUCAUAAAAUGGAUAAAGAGUCUUUGGCUAUAGAUAUGAUCCCAGAUGCAGUUCCAGCUAUGUCAAUGGUUGCUGCAGAUGAGCCAUACAUGGGACAGGAGUUUGAUUCUGAAGCAUCUGCGCAUGCAUUUUACAAUGCUUAUGCCACACGCAUAGGAUUUGUCAUCCGUGUAAGCAAACUUUCUCGAUCAAGACGUGAUGGAUCUGCUAUUGGCCGAGCGCUUGUUUGCAAUAAAGAGGGCUUCAGAAUGCCUGACAAGCGUGAAAAGAUUGUAAGACAAAGGGCAGAAACAAGGGUUGGUUGCAGGGCAAUGAUUUUGGUGAGAAAAGUAAGUUCUGGAAAAUGGGUGGUUACAAAGUUUGUGAAGGAGCAUACUCAUUCCUUGACACCCGGAAAAGCUCGAAGGGAUUGCAUUUAUGAUCAAUACCCGAAUGAACACGAUAAGAUUAGGGAAUUAUCACAGCAGCUGGCCUUGGAGAAAAAGAGAGCUGCGACCUAUAAAAGGCACCUGGAAUUGAUUUUUGAGCAGAUUGAGGAACAUAACGAGAGUCUAUCAAAGAAGAUCCAACAUAUAGUACACAGUGUGAGGGGCAUGGAAAACAAACCACAGCAGAGUCAGACAUAGUUCCAGCAUUAUUUGUUCCAGAGCACACAGUUCAUAAUGGUAUACAGAAUGCUGCUGGUUGUAAAGCAUACUCUUCCUCUUGGCUUAGAUACCAGAUGCUGACCUUGUUCUAGCGUUUAGUUUUAGGUGUCUAGUUAGUUUAUUAAACCAUGUGAAGAUGUUUGGUUCAUUUGACAUUCAUUUGAAUACAUUGUAUAACUGUGCUCCUCUUUCUGGAGCACAUGGUGAGCAGGAGAAAUAGAGAGUUCUUGUACAGUUCUUCUGGUCCAUGUUUGUCAGAGGAUUAGCCAAAAGAUAAAAAGUCCAGUUCAUAGAGAGCAUAGGCGUUGCCAUGGUAAGCUGAAAAUAAAACCCUGUUUCCAUUUUUUUUGGAAGCCCAUUUGAGUCGUGUUCUGUGUAUAGCAUAUGGAUGAUUUUUGGUUUUGCUAUUUAUAGUUGUUGAAUAUCAUUAUCGUUAAAUCCA